AUGAUUACUGGCGCGAGAAACUGUUUGAAAUCUGCCCGCCUAAAUUCUCUUACGACAAACAGCAAAGAUAUUAUCGCAAACUCGUUCAAAUUUUCCAAAAUGGCUGUGGUUCCGCACAUUGAGCAGGACCGGGACCAGAUGUCGAAGCUUAUGCAGUCCCUGGAGCAAUACAGAAAGGAACAACGCCGCGGCAAGGCGUCAGUGAAGAAAACUCCGUUCCAAGUCAAAGAAUCACCAAACAACAUCACAGUCGACUCGUGGCGAUUCCAGGAAUGGGACUACAAGCGUCGAGAUCUGCCAGUAUACGCCCGUGGGUUGUUCACCACCAAGACACGAAAAAAUGGCCACGAAAUUGCUGUGCGAGGCUACGACAAGUUCUUCAAUGUCAACGAAGUCAACGAAACCAAGUGGGAGAAUAUCCUGACAAAGACCCAAGGGCCAUACGAGCUUACUCUCAAGGAAAACGGAUGCAUCAUCUUCAUUGCUGGUCUCGAGGACGAAACUCUCAUCGUUUGCAGCAAGCAUUCCACAGGGGAUCGUGGCGGGGAACUGACGCAUUCAAAGGCCGGAGAAGAUUGGAUAGAGAAACAGCUUCAAGCCAUUGGCAAGACGAAGUAUGAUCUCGCCCGAGAACUCAGACAGCGAAAUGUGACGGCUGUGGCUGAACUCUGCGAUGACGCCUUCGAGGAGCACAUUUUAGCGUAUGGACCGGAAGAGGCUGGACUCUACUUGCAUGGAGUCAAUCUCAACGUACCCGAAUUUACUACAUACCCCAGCACAGCUGUCCAGCAGUUUGCCGAGGACUGGGGGUUCCGCAAGACGAAGUAUAUCGUGUACGAGGAUGUCAACAAGGUCAAAGAGUUUCUCGAGGAGGCUGCAGCUACCGGUGCAUACGACGGCCGUGAUGUCGAAGGCUUCGUCAUUCGCUGCAGGAUGUCAGGUAGUCCCGAAAAUCUCCCAUUCCGAGAUUGGUUCUUCAAGUUCAAAUUUGAGGAGCCAUAUCUAAUGUACCGACAAUGGAGAGAAUGCACAAAGGCAUUGAUCAUGAACAAGCCGCCAAGAUUCAAGAAGCACGUUGCCAUUACCGAAGAAUACCUCCUGUACGCCAAGAAACGCCUGGCCGCAAACCCUGGCCUGGCCAAGCUCUAUAAUCAAAACCAUGGAAUCAUCGCGCUGCGCAACGAGUUCCUCGACUACAAGAAUAUCAAGGGGAGCGAUGCAGCCAACAUGGAUCAAGCUGAUGCGGUUGUCAUGUCGGAGGUUACUAAGGAUGUUGUGCUGGUACCCAUUGCAACCAUUGGGUGUGGCAAGACGACGCUUGGCCUGGCAUUGACAGAGCUUUUCGACUGGGGACACAUUCAGAAUGAUAACAUUUCUGGCAAGGGCCGACCGCCUCGAUUCACAAAGGCAGUGCUUGCGCAACUGGAAGACCAUCCGGUUGUGUUUGCCGAUCGCAACAAUGCACAAAAGCACGAGAGAAAACAGAUCAUCUUCGACACCAAGACGCAGCUUGAGUCGGUCACGAUGGUGUGCCUCAACUUUCGCCACGACCAAGAAUCUCUCGAAGAGAUUCGACAGGUGACGCGCGAUAGAGUCAUUCAGCGUGGCGACAACCACCAGACAAUUCAUGCUGCGAGCGACCAGGAAAAAUUCCUUGGUAUCAUGGAUGGGUUCAUUGGUCGCUUUGAGCCUUGCUCCGCCUUUGUCAGGCCAGAUGACGGAUUUGAUGCUUUUAUUGACCUGAAUCCUGUUGCAGGAAGCCGAAAAAACCUAGAAACUUUGGUGACAAAGCUUCAUGAAAUCCUCCCCAAUGUGGUCAAGGAAGUGCCAACAUCUGAGCAGCUGGACAGGGCAAUCGAGUCGGCGCUCGGCUUCAAACCAGACUUUAGGCAUGAUAUUCCGGAUCGGAGCAGCAAGCAACCAGCCAAACAGCAACAAAAGAAGGAGAAAGGGAAGCCUAAAGAGCUGGAAUAUAUGUCCAUUGCUGUCCCCGGAAAUAUUGUCAAUAACACGCUUGAGAAGGCCUUUGCUUCGUGCGACAAAGAAAUCUCGCGUUGCUACAUGCAGCUCAAGCAAACUCGCAGGAUACAGACGGCUUUUCAUGUAACGCUUCUACAUAGAGCCAAUGCGAAGCACUUUCCUGGGCUCUGGCAGCGCUACCUUACUCUGCACGACACUGCAGGUGGAGGAACGGGAAAGCUCGGCGAGUGCGAUGUGGUCAUGGAGAGAGUCGUUUUCGAUCAGCGAAUCAUGGCGAUUGUAGUCCGAAUUGACGACAAGUCCGACACAUGGGAAUGUGCGAACCACGUAGCGCAUAUUACCGUUGGCACCAGAGACAGCACCGUCAAGCCCAAGGAGAGCAAUGACUUGUUGGCAAAGUGGCUUGACCAAGGUCCGGACGGUGUCAUUCGGGAGGUGGUGUUUGCGGACAAAGUCACUGUGCCGUGCGAGGUCCAUUCGGUUCUGUCGCGCUAG